UGAUGACGAUGAUCUCUGGCUCCUGAGCUGCUCCCGUUAAUCUCUUUAACGACGACACUCAGAUUACAGAUUACUGUCUGUCCUCGGGGGGCGGAGUCUCCACUGACCCCGCUCCCUGACCUCACACACCUUGUGUCGGUGUUGUCGAGUGUGGGUGAGUGUGUGUGUGUGAUUAAAGUGGAUUUAGUUUGUGGCAGCAGCAGUAGAAGAAGAAGAAGAAGAUGCAGCUGAACAGCAGACGGUCGGCAGCUCUCUGAGACGGGCUGAGCUGGAGUCCGUCUGUGAUAUCAUCAACAGGGUCGUCAUGGGAGACGAGCCUUACCCAGAAUGCCGAGCUCAGGAGCUGUUUGAUGAAUUUGUAUCGGCGACGACCUGCAGGGCGGUGCUGCGAUCCUUUAGUCAGCUGUGUGAACAUCUGCAGCUGGACAAGAGCAGCGCCGAGAGGCUUUUGUACCAACCAAUCAAACACCGCCUCAACUACUGGAGGGCCAACGCUCUGUGGGCAAAGUUGGACCGAAGGGCCGCACAGCCCGAGUAUCUGAGGGCCCGAGUCUGCAGCAACACCACGUGUGUGAUUAUUGGGGCGGGGCCGUGCGGUCUGAGGACGGCAGUGGAGCUGAGCUUCAUGGGAGCUCGGGUGGUGUUGCUGGAGAAGAGAGACUCGUUCUCCAGGAACAACGUUCUCCACCUGUGGCCCUUCACCAUCCACGACCUGCGGGGCCUCGGGGCCAAAAAGUUCCACGGAAGGUUCUGCGCCGGCUCCAUCGACCACAUCAGUAUCCGUCAGCUGCAGCUGGUCCUGCUGAAGGUGGCGUUACUGCUCGGGGUGGAGGUCCAUGUGAACGUGGAGUUUAAGAACCUGGUGGAGCCGCCUGAAGAUCAGCACAGACACAAGGUGGGCUGGAGGAUGAAGGUGAGUCCAACGUCUCAUCCCGUCAAUCAGAUGGAGUUCGACGUCAUCAUUGGAGCAGACGGACGCAGGAACACGCUGCCAGGUUUCCGACGCAAAGAGUUCAGAGGGAAACUUGCCAUCGCCAUUACGGCAAACUUCAAGAACAGAAACACGACGGCGGAGGCCAAAGUGGAGGAGAUCAGCGGCGUGGCCUUCAUCUUCAACCAGAGGUUCUUCCAGGAGCUGCGACAGGAAACGGGGAUCGACCUGGAAAACAUUGUCUACUACAAAGACGACACUCACUACUUUGUGAUGACGGCGAAGAAACACAGUCUGUUGGACAAAGGAGUCAUUCUCCAGGACUUUGCAGACACUGAGCAGCUGCUCUCUCAGAGGAAUGUGGACCAUGAUGCAUUGCAGGUUUACGCCCGCGAGGCCGCCAACUUCUCCACCAAUCACCAGCUGCCAUCUCUGGACUUCGCCAUGAAUCACUACGGUCAGCCAGACGUCGCCAUGUUCGACUUCACCUGCAUGUACGCAUCUGAGAACGCCGCCAUGAUUCGCCAACGCCACGGACACCAGCUGCUCGUCACUCUGGUGGGAGACAGCCUGCUGGAGCCCUUCUGGCCAAUGGGAACAGGAGUAGCUCGUGGGUUUCUCGCAGCUCUGGAUUCAGCCUGGAUGAUCAGGAGUUGGUCUCAGGGCGGAGCUCCACUGGACGUCCUGGCUGAGAGAGAGAGUCUGUAUCGUCUCCUCCCUCAGACGACUCCAGAGAACAUGCAGAAAAACAUCGGUCUGUUCUCUCUGGAUCCAACGACACGAUACGUCAACGUGACACCAGCGAGCAUCACACCUGCUCAGGUGAGACACCUGGUGGACACCGGAGAGGAGGCGGGGCUAAGUACACAUUGUGGUGACAUCAUCCGCCUGCCUUCACCCUGCCUGCUCAGAGAGGAGUACUCCCCUCGGACCAAUCAGCUGCUGACCUGGUGUCAGGAGCAGACCUGUGGUUACCGCGGCGUCGCUGUGAAGGACCUGACUACUUCCUGGAAGAGUGGCCUCGCUCUGUGUGCCCUGAUUCACCGAUAUCGACCAGAUCUCAUAGACUUCGACGCUCUCGACGAGUCGUCGGCAGAAGAAAACACUCGUCUGAGCUUCGACGUGUCUGAACGAGAGUUCGGGAUUUCUCCUUUGACGACGGUGGAAGAGAUGUUGUGUGUCGGAGAACCGGACUCUCUGUCGAUGGUGAUGUACCUGAGUCAGUUCCGCCAGCUGCUCAGAGACUCACCGCCCCCUGCUGGAGGUUUGUGUCAGAGGUCAGACCAGAGGUCAGACCUGAGGUCCGCCCUCGUCACGCCGGCAUCCCUCCUAAGCCGACUAGGUCUCAGUCCGUCCAGGAAGAGGAACCCAAAGGAGCAGAAAGACGCAGCGGGGAAAAGGAGGAAGAAGAGUGGACGUGAUGAAGAGCAGUCAUGUGACCCAAGCGUCGACGGCCUGGUGUGUGACGAGGUGUUUGUGGGCGGGUCCAGUAGGUCCAGAGUUCGUCUGAUGGCCAAUCAGCUGCAGGCGAAACUGAACAAGAGCUCGUCUUCUUCUUCUGCAGCUUCACGUCAGCAGGGGGAGCUGUUGUCUGAUGACCACGCCUCCUCAGAUCCUGAGGAUGCUGCUGCCCAGCCGUCGUCAUGGAGACCGAGGAAACGAACCCUUCAACAGGAGCAGAUGAGUUUUCGAUUCAAAGAGAAGAUCAAGUCUCAGAGUGAUGAGCAGUUUGCAGUGGGCUGCAGUGGUGUGUGUUUCUUCUGUCAGAAGAGAGUUUAUGUGAUGGAGCGUCUCAGUGCCGAGGGAUUUUUCUUCCAUCGCAGUUGUUUCCAGUGUGACUUUUGCAGCAGUUCGCUCAGACUCGCAUCAUACGCCUUCGACCAAAAUGAAGGGACGUUUUACUGUCUCCAUCACUACGACUGUCGUCUGAGCACCGCCGCUGCGAGGAGGAGGCGUCUAACGGCAUCGGACCGAGCAACGUCACAUCGGACCUCUACGGCAUCUCUGGGCUCCGCCCUCUCCUUCCCCUCUUCCCACUCAGUGGUGUCAGCUGGUCGCCGUUGCUCGUCAGCGCUCUCUGUGACGGCGGCGACGCCCGAGAGGAUCGAGCUGGAAGACUUCCGACGGAGCUCGACCCAGGAGGAGGCGGAGCUGCAGGUGGAGGUGGAGCUGCAGGAGGAGGUCUCAGAGGAGAUGCUGAACCAGUUCAACCUGAGUCUGAUCCAGAGACACGAGCCCAGGUCCAGGUCCAAGUCCAGUUCAGAGUCUGAGGAGGAAGAGGAGGAGGAGGAGGAAGAGGGAGGCAUUGAGGUGGAGAGCAGUGAUGCUGCAGGAAGUGACAUCACAACCUCUGACACACCUGUGGAGCCUGACUCCGCCUCCAGUCUGCCACCCUGCAUCACGUCCUGCACACCUUCAUCCUUGACCCCGCCCCCUGGGACCACGCCCUCUACCGCCUCCCUCAGCACCACACCGGACUCCACCUGCUUUGCAGGCAGAGACCCACCUGUCACUCAGAGACAAGGGUGGGGCUCCUUCGAUGACAUUAACCCUGAACUGCCAAUGAAGAAGCCCCUCCUCACACAGGAGAGAGAAGAGUGGCCAGAGAACGAGGGGGCGGGUCUUGAAGAGGAGGAGGAGAAGACAGAGUGUGUUAGGAGGAGACAUGGAGGAGCUCACAGACUCCUCCCCCCUCUGCAGGGGAGGGGGCGGGCUCUCAUACUCCAGCUGAAGGGUCUCAGGGAGGCUUCGCCCCCUGGACAGGUUGAGGUGGAAGGAGGCGGGGCCAGAGCUCUGUGGAGGGUGGUGUUCUCUGGAAACAAGAAGGAGAAGAAGAAGAAGGGCCAGAUUUUACCUCCAGAAAACAUUAAGGAGGAUGCAGCAAAUCAGACGAGCGCUACAGAUGUGAAAGGAGAAGAGUCGGAUCUGGACUCGUCCACUCUGCUGCAGAGAUGUUCACUGAACCCCAGGAACAACCUGCGUCUCCAGAUGUUCGACCUCAUGUCUGAAGUCCAGAGAGUUUCCAUCCAGGAGGAGGACGAGAACCAGGAGCCUUCGUAUGUUCCUCACGCUCUGGCUUUCAAACGAUCGUAUGCCAUCAAGAGAUGCUCUGCAAAGGACAGAGUCCCCCUCCAGGACUCUGACGGACAGUCCUCUUGUCCCACGGAGGUCGUGGGGGUCCUGGUUCAGCCGAAGGAGCCGUCCAGUCUGAGCGUGAAGGAGACCAUGUUCCAAAGGGGACAAGAGGACGAAGACGAAGACCUGGAUGUGAAAAUCACCCGACGUGUUCAAAGAGACGCUCGAAGACGAGCCAAACAGGACGAGCAGAAGAGACUCCACAAGGCUCAGACGAUCCAGAGGCGACUGCAGCAGGUGGAGGAGAAGCAGCGGCAGCUGGAGGAGAGAGGAGUGAUGGUGGAGAAAACUCUGAGAGGAGAGGCUGAUUACUGGGGAGACUCUAAUAACAGUCAAGAUGUCGUCCUUCACCUCGGAGGCCUGGGGAAGCUGGACGACCCGGUUCUGAUGCAGCAGUGGUUCCAGCUCGUUCAACAGAAGAACUCACUGGUUCGAUACGAAUCUGAACUUAUGAUAUUUGCUCGAGAGCUGGAGCUGGAGGAUCGACAGAGUCGCCUACAGCAGGAGCUCCGACAGAGGAUGGUGGUGGACGAUCACCUGAAGCAGGACUGGCAGCUGCUGGAGGAGCGUCUGAUCCUGGAGGAGAUGUUGGAGGUGGUGGAGCAGAGAGACUCUCUGGUGUCCCUGCUGGAGGAGCAGAGACUGCAGGACGGACAGGAAGACCAGGACCUGGAGGAGCUCAUGAUGACCAGUGGUCCGGUCCUCAGCUGCACCUGAAACAUGAAGAGACGUCCAGAGCAGAACAUCAGAUGAACAUUGACCCUUCGUCAGGAACCACUGAGUACAUUCAUUUAUAAUAUUAUAUAACAUGAAUACAUACAACUUGUUUUGCCAACACCGUGAGCUGCUGAUCACCUGUCUGCCUUAUAAUCACCUGAUGAUCGGAGUCAUGUGACUGAUGUGCUAGUGGUUAUUAUUGCGACUCUUGACUCUAACUGGAACUGAACUUUGUUUCCUGUAGAAUAAAGAACAUUGUGUUUAUAA